ACCAUGCCGCCGAUUGCGUUGCUUCUGUUGCUCCUAGCAGCGUCCGUGCGGUGCGCCCCAGGUGGCUCAGUGCAGCGGAGGGUGUUGGUACUACAAGGUCGCAUAGUCAACGGCGUCGAAGCCGCACCGGGGGAGUUCCCUCAUCAGGUGUCGCUGCGGGCCAAUGGAUAUCACCAGUGUGGCGCCUCCAUCCUGAACGAGAACUGGGUGGUCACAGCAGCCCACUGCGUCGAAGUUCCCAACACAUACGACGUGCUAGCUGGUACCAACAUCGUGACCGAGGGGGGCACCAAGCACAAUGUGACAGACAUCAUUUCUCAUCAGGAUUACGACCCCAGUGAUUCCUGGAUCAACGACAUCGCCGUGCUCAAGGUGUCGCCAGCUUUUCCAAUUGAUGGCGUCACGGUGGCGCCAAUACAGCUGCCGGAACAGGGGGAGCAGGUUCCAGAUGGCGCCAAUAUCACCGUAAUCGGCUGGGGAGAUCUCUGGUACCAAGGGCUGAGUUCAGUUGAGCUGCGCAAAGUGGACCUUCAAAUAGUAAACCAAGAGGAAUGCGAGGCAGUGUGGAAUGACUAUGGCUACGCUGUCCACCCUACGCAGAUCUGCGCUGCUCGUUUCGAGGAUCUAAACUACGGCUCCUGUAACGGUGAUUCAGGGGGUCCUCUGCUCUACGAGGGAAAGAUUGUGGGGAUGGUGUCGUGGGGCUACGAAUGCGCUGCCCCUCCGUACCCCUCAGUCGGCACACGUGUCUCCAGCUACGUGGACUGGAUCAUCGAGAACACCAACGGAACACUGGUGCCGCACUAGCGCCGUUGGAUUUGUAUUUGCUACAUUUUUUUAAAAAAAUAUUGAUCAAAAUUAAUGUUAUUACAAUAUCUUAUGAAUGUUAACAACUAUGUACAAGUGACAAUAAAAUUUGUU